UGAGGUUAUGAUAGAAAUAAUGGAUCAUCAUUGUCCAGGUUUGAGAACAAACUGACGCAAUAAAAAAAUUGGGAGUUACAGCAGUCAUGAGGGAACAUGAGAGUUUCACAGGUGAAAGUAUGCUGAAAAGGCAGAAAAUUGAGAGCGUGUCCUUUCAGAAGAAGGACACCUUUUGCCUCCUGUUUAUGAUCCUGCUGUUAUUUGUGCUCUGCAUCAUGUGUUACACCGUUUACAGUGACUCAUUUUCAUCAUGGGAAAGUGUUCAACUUGAUUUGCAGUAUGAGGAGUAUUUCAGGACCAAUGAAACAAGUCCCCCUCCCACUUAUCGAGUCCAUCCAAAACCGACAGUCACACCUAAUGACACAAAUUCAACCACUAACCCACCCCCUACAACACCUCCAGGUCCUCAGUACCAUGUGGCUUUCCCAAAAAACUACCACUUUAUUUUGGAUCAAGCUGAUGCAUGUAAGCUCAGACCCCCUUUCCUGGUCCUGAUGGUUCCAGUAGCGCCGAAUAAUGUAGAAGCUCGCAAUGCGAUCAGGCAGACCUGGGGAAAAAGCGGCGAGUUCCAGGGUGAAGUGGUUCUUACUCUGUUUAUACUGGGCCUCUCUGGACAAGCUGAUGUUGAGAAGCAGCAGGAGAAGAUCCAACAUGAGAACCUACAACACCAAGACCUGAUCCUGAGUGACUUCAUUGACUCAUAUUUCAAUCUGACCAUCAAAACCAUGGUGAUGAUGGACUGGCUGGCCACUCACUGCAGUAAUGCAGCUUAUGCCAUGAAGAUCGACACAGACAUGUUCUUGAACGUUGAUAAUUUAGUCAACAUGCUGAAAAAACCAGAACUCCCCAAGGUAAACUACCUGACAGGAGUGCUGGUGAAAGAUGGAAUAGUUGUCCGCAAAAAAUCCUCAAAGUGGUACGUCUCAAAGGAGGUUUACCCGCAUCCUACGUACCCACUGUACGCUGAAGGGCCAGGAUAUGCCUUCUCCAAUGAUCUUCCAGGGAAAUUUGUGGAAAUCUCAAAAACAGUCAAGCCUGUCAACAUAGAGGAUGCUUAUAUUGGAAUGUGCAUGAAAAAGCUGGGGCUGAGUCCUUCAUCACCUCCAGGACCAUCCUUGUUUAAUGGCCACCACGGAGCAUACAACCGCUGCGCUUUCUCCAAAAUCAUCACCUCCGUUCUUAAUUCUUUACAAGAGUUGGUGAAGUUCUGGACAGAUCUAAAGAAACCUGGCCCACCAUGUGAGAACAAGACAAAUUCAUAGACGAUCAAGCUGUCGUUAUUGUAUAGGCCUAUUGUAUUGGCCUCUGAUUGACAUUCAUACAUAGACCCUACAUUGUCCACUGGACUGUGCUCCAGUCAUCGCCACAUUAGACUGGUCAGAACUGAUCUGUAAAUACAAACAAGGAGAUAGGGUAAUAUUAUGAUACAUUUGCACUCAUUGAAAGUCAUCAUCUG